GCUUUAACAUCACAACACUAGAGACAGGAGCGCAGCAAGCGGCACAAAAUGGGAAAAAUCUACCAGGUCGAAGUGUAUGGACUGAGAGGAGAAAGGAUGAUGAUUGACCUGUGUAACACCGAGGAGCAGAUGAAGCAAAUGACCGUCCUGCAGCUGAAAGAAAAAGUUGCCCAGAGGCUUCCAGAGGGCACAGGAAUCGAAACUCUACGACUGAUCUUUACAAAUAAGAUGCUGAAUGAAAACUCAGCGCUGCUGUCUACAUAUGGGAUCCAGCACCUGUCCGUCAUCCACAUGGUGGUCAAGGUCCCCAAGGUCUACCAGGUAUUAGUGUAUGGACUGAGAGGAGAAAGGAUGAUGAUUGACCUGUGUAACACCGAGGAGCAGAUGAAGCAAAUGACCGUCCUGCAGCUGAAAGAAAAAGUGGCCCAGAGGCUUCCAGAGGGCACAGGAAUCGAAACUCUACGACUGAUCUUUACAAAUAAGAUGCUGAAUGAAAACUCAGCGCUGCUGUCUACAUAUGGGAUCCAGCACCUGUCCGUCAUCCACAUGGUGGUCAAGGUCCCCAAGGUCUACCAGGUAUUAGUGUAUGGACUGAGAGGAGAAAGGAUGAUGAUUGACCUGUGUAACACCGAGGAGCAGAUGAAGCAAAUGACCGUCCUGCAGCUGAAAGAAAAAGUGGCCCAGAGGCUUCCAGAGGGCACAGGAAUCGAAACUUUACGGCUGAUCUUUACAGACAAGAUGCUGAAUGAAAACUCAGCGCUGCUGUCUACAUAUGGGAUCCAGCACCUGUCCGUCAUCCACAUGGUGUUCAAGGUCCCCAAGGUCUACCAGGUAGAAGUGUAUGGACUGAGAGGAGAAAGGAUGAUGAUUGACCUGUGUAACACCGAGGAGCAGAUGAAGCAAAUGACCGUCCUGCAGCUGAAAGAAAAAGUGGCCCAGAGGCUUCCAGAGGGCACAGGAAUCGAAACUUUACGGCUGAUCUUUACAGACAAGAUGCUGAAUGAAAACUCAGCGCUGCUGUCUACAUAUGGGAUCCAGCACCUGUCCGUCAUCCACAUGGUGUUCAAGGUCCCCAAGGUCUACCAGGUAGAAGUGUAUGGACUGAGAGGAGAAAGGAUGAUGAUUGACCUGUGUAACACCGAGGAGCAGAUGAAGCAAAUGACCGUCCUGCAGCUGAAAGAAAAAGUGGCCCAGAGGCUUCCAGAGGGCACAGGAAUCGAAACUUUACGGCUGAUCUUUACAGACAAGAUGCUGAAUGAAAACUCAGUGCUGCUGUCUACAUAUGGGAUCCAGCACCUGUCCGUCAUCCACAUGGUGUUCAAGGUCCCCAAGGUCUACCAGGUAGAAGUGUAUGGACUGAGAGGAGAAAGGAUGAUGAUUGACCUGUGUAACACCGAGGAGCAGAUGAAGCAAAUGACCGUCCUGCAGCUGAAAGAAAAAGUGGCCCAGAGGCUUCCAGAGGGCACAGGAAUCGAAACUUUACGGCUGAUCUUUACAGACAAGAUGCUGAAUGAAAACUCAGUGCUGCUGUCUACAUAUGGGAUCCAGCACCUGUCCGUCAUCCACAUGGUGUUCAAGGUCCCCAAGGUCUACCAGGUAGAAGUGUAUGGACUGAGAGGAGAAAGGAUGAUGAUUGACCUGUGUAACACCGAGGAGCAGAUGAAGCAAAUGACCGUCCUGCAGCUGAAAGAAAAAGUGGCCCAGAGGCUUCCAGAGGGCACAGGAAUCGAAACUCUACGACUGAUCUUUACAAAUAAGAUGCUGAAUGAAAACUCAGCGCUGCUGUCUACAUAUGGGAUCCAGCACCUGUCCGUCAUCCACAUGGUGGUCAAGGUCCCCAAGGUCUACCAGGUAUUAGUGUAUGGACUGAGAGGAGAAAGGAUGAUGAUUGACCUGUGUAACACCGAGGAGCAGAUGAAGCAAAUGACCGUCCUGCAGCUGAAAGAAAAAGUGGCCCAGAGGCUUCCAGAGGGCACAGGAAUCGAAACUUUACGGCUGAUCUUUACAGACAAGAUGCUGAAUGAAAACUCAGCGCUGCUGUCUACAUAUGGGAUCCAGCACCUGUCCGUCAUCCACAUGGUGUUCAAGGUCCCCAAGGUCUACCAGGUAGAAGUGUAUGGACUGAGAGGAGAAAGGAUGAUGAUUGACCUGUGUAACACCGAGGAGCAGAUGAAGCAAAUGACCGUCCUGCAGCUGAAAGAAAAAGUGGCCCAGAGGCUUCCAGAGGGCACAGGAAUCGAAACUCUACGACUGAUCUUUACAAAUAAGAUGCUGAAUGAAAACUCAGCGCUGCUGUCUACAUAUGGGAUCCAGCACCUGUCCGUCAUCCACAUGGUGGUCAAGGUCCCCAAGGUCUACCAGGUAUUAGUGUAUGGACUGAGAGGAGAAAGGAUGAUGAUUGACCUGUGUAACACCGAGGAGCAGAUGAAGCAAAUGACCGUCCUGCAGCUGAAAGAAAAAGUGGCCCAGAGGCUUCCAGAGGGCACAGGAAUCGAAACUUUACGGCUGAUCUUUACAGACAAGAUGCUGAAUGAAAACUCAGCGCUGCUGUCUACAUAUGGGAUCCAGCACCUGUCCGUCAUCCACAUGGUGUUCAAGGUCCCCAAGGUCUACCAGGUAGAAGUGUAUGGACUGAGAGGAGAAAGGAUGAUGAUUGACCUGUGUAACACCGAGGAGCAGAUGAAGCAAAUGACCGUCCUGCAGCUGAAAGAAAAAGUGGCCCAGAGGCUUCCAGAGGGCACAGGAAUCGAAACUCUACGACUGAUCUUUACAAAUAAGAUGCUGAAUGAAAACUCAGCGCUGCUGUCUACAUAUGGGAUCCAGCACCUGUCCGUCAUCCACAUGGUGGUCAAGGUCCCCAAGGUCUACCAGGUAGAAGUGUAUGGACUGAGAGGAGAAAGGAUGAUGAUUGACCUGUGUAACACCGAGGAGCAGAUGAAGCAAAUGACCGUCCUGCAGCUGAAAGAAAAAGUGGCCCAGAGGCUUCCAGAGGGCACAGGAAUCGAAACUUUACGGCUGAUCUUUACAGACAAGAUGCUGAAUGAAAACUCAGCGCUGCUGUCUACAUAUGGGAUCCAGCACCUGUCCGUCAUCCACAUGGUGGUCAAGGUCCCCAAGGUCUACCAGGUAGAAGUGUAUGGACUGAGAGGAGAAAACAUGAUGAUUGACCUGUGUAACACCGAGGAGCAGAUGAAGCAAAUGACCGUCCUGCAGCUGAAAGAAAAAGUGGCCCAGAGGCUUCCAGAGGGCACAGGAAUCGAAACUUUACGGCUGAUCUUUACAGACAAGAUGCUGGAUGAAAACUCAGCACUGCUGGCUACAUAUGGGAUCCAGCACCUGUCCGUCAUCCACAUGGUGGUCAAGGUCCCCGGAGGUCUGACAGCUUAACUGAGCCCAUCUUCACCUCCUCCUGCAGCCGCACGCUGAUGCCUCCCACAACAGCUGAUAAAGACACUGUUUACAAAUGAUUGAGCUUUAUUGUCUGUUAGAUUUUAAUAAAAUUCAGGUGUUUGUUU